AGGCAGGCUGAGCCGCUCGGUCUAGGCCUUCCCCUGCAUUUUAAAUCCUAGCUGUGGCUUUGGUAGGGAUUUCACUUUUGCCUUGAGAAGGGGUGCUUUGGAUUAUCGGACCUCCAUGUAUGACAAUUUGUACCUGCAUGGAUUUGAAGACUCUGAGGCGGGAUCAGCAGAUUCAUACACAAGUAGACCAUCGGAUUCUGAUGUAUCUCUGGAGGAGGACAGGGAAGCAAUCCGCCAGGAAAGAGAACAACAAGCGGCUAUUCAGCUUGAAAGAGCAAAGUCAAAACCUGUAGCAUUUGCUGUGAAGACAAAUGUGAGCUACUGUGGAGCACUGGAUGAAGAUGUUCCUGUACCAAGCACUGCCAUCUCUUUUGAUGCUAAGGAUUUUCUACACAUUAAAGAGAAAUAUAAUAAUGACUGGUGGAUAGGAAGAUUAGUUAAAGAAGGCUGUGAGAUUGGCUUCAUCCCAAGCCCACUAAGGCUGGAGAACAUUCGGAUCCAGCAGGAGCAGAAGAGAGGGCGUUUUCACGGAGGGAAAUCGAGUGGAAAUUCUUCUUCAAGCCUUGGAGAAAUGGUGUCUGGCACAUUUCGAGCUACACCCACUUCUACUGCAAAACAGAAACAGAAAGUGACAGAGCACGUGCCUCCCUAUGAUGUAGUACCAUCUAUGAGGCCUGUUGUGCUCGUUGGUCCCUCACUAAAAGGCUAUGAGGUGACAGACAUGAUGCAGAAAGCCCUGUUUGACUUCCUGAAGCACAGGUUUGAUGGGAGGAUAUCAAUAACUAGAGUGACAGCUGACAUUUCUCUUGCUAAGAGGUCUGUUCUAAAUAAUCCAAGCAAGAGGGCAAUAAUUGAGCGGUCAAACACGAGGUCCAGUUUAGCGGAAGUGCAGAGUGAGAUCGAACGAAUUUUUGAAUUGGCACGAUCCUUACAACUGGUUGUUCUAGAUGCAGACACGAUUAAUCACCCAGCACAACUUAUUAAGACAUCCUUAGCUCCAAUUAUUGUCCAUGUUAAAGUGUCAUCUCCAAAGGUCUUGCAGCGACUGAUCAAAUCGAGAGGAAAGUCUCAAAGCAAACACUUGAACGUUCAGUUGGUUGCAGCAGAUAAACUUGCACAAUGUCCACCAGAAAUGUUUGAUGUUAUUCUGGAUGAAAAUCAGCUUGAAGAUGCAUGUGAACACUUGGCAGAAUAUCUUGAGGCCUACUGGCGUGCUACACACACAACCAGUAGCACACCCAUGACACCUUUGCUUGGAAGAAAUCUAGGCUCCACGGCACUAUCCCCUUACCCUACUGCAAUCUCUGGAUUACAGAGCCAACGUAUGAGGCAUAGCAACCAUUCUACUGAGAACUCUCCAAUUGAACGGCGAAGUCUAAUGACCUCUGAUGAAAACUACCACAAUGAAAGGGCUCGGAAGAGCAGGAACCGAUUGUCUUCCAGUUCCCAACACAGCCGAGAUCAUUACCCACUUGUGGAAGAAGAGUACUCUGACUCAUACCAGGACUCAUAUAAACCUCAUAGAAACCGAGGAUCCCCUGGAGGAUAUAGCCAUGAUUCCCGACAUAGGCUUUGAAUACAAGGACCUAGGGGAAAAUGGUAUUCAUUAUUUGCCAAUUUGCCAUAACAUAGCUAGGCCAAACUAAUCAUCUUGAUUUGGCAGAUGGGGCAUGGUUUUACUAUGCUUACAGGCUGCUGCCAUUUAAUGCUAUAAAUGGGGCAAAACAUAUAGAUCAUGCCCUUUAUGUUUAGGAAGAAAUAAGUUUGCUCAGUCUCUUAGGUGUGUUUUCUUUCCAGUGUAGCGUUUAAUUUCAAACAAUAUCUUUCCUCUUCAUUAGAUAUUAUUAGACACAUCAAUUUGUAACUUAGGAUACCUGUUGAGGCGCAUAUAAAAUAAUUUCCUGCAUUGGAAAUUCCAAAUGACCAGUUCCAGUUGGAACCAAUUUAUAAACCAAUUCCUGUUGGAAUUUGGGAGAAUUGACUGGAAAGUCAAGCUGAGCAUGUUGCAGUCAGUUUAAAAAAAAUGAAGAAGAAAUUAUAAAAUCAUAAGCAAAAAUAAAAAUAAAAGCUAUAGUACUUGUAUACCGGAAGGUGAAUUUAUAUAUAGAUAUAGAUAUGGUUAGAAUAAAUAAUUUUAAUGUAUUUAUUUCAGACUAACCAAACAUAAGCAGUGAAUAGUGCCAAAAAAUGAAUGAAUGGAGCAGUCAGGACACUUUCCAGUUUAAAUAUCAAUGUUUUAUUUUCCUCCCAGCAUAUAUGUUGCUGCAAAACUGUACUGCAUUGAUAGUUUUUUCAUUUGCUAAUGAUAAUAUAAAACUAUUUUAGCAACUUCAAAUAAAGUUGGAGCGAAGACAAACAUAUUUUUAAGUGAUAGAAGUGAACACAUUCUCUGCCUUGAAAACAUGCUUGUCCAUCACUAUUUACACCUUCAGAAUUCAUCGGAGGGGGGGUGUACGAGUGGGCCCACUGGCCCAAUCCCCAACUUCCACAUGUUCCAUGGAAGGUGUGAACCAUGCUGUAUAUACAUACCAUUUCAUGCAUGAAGGUUCUUCUGUGUGAUCAGAGUCCCUGAUUGCACACAUAGUUUAACCCUGUUCAUGCCUUUCACUGAAUAUGCCCCCUCCCCCCGCCAUUUAUUCAUGAAUGGGUUUUGAAGGUAUGAACAGAGCUUUGUCUUCGCUCUAGCAGCAGGAAGAUUCCAGAGGAGAUUUGCAGGACGAUUUGCAAAAGUUUGAAAAUAACAAUGCAUUGUUUCGCUAACAAUGUUAAGCACUAAUAAUAAUACUUAUCAGCCACAAGGUUCAUACUGGUCUUAAUGUUCUAAUUUGUCAAAGAGAAAUUGGCCUUGCACUCAUUUAAAUGCAUUCAUAACUAGGGCUUAAUCCUGUGCAUUAAUAUCUCGAGAAGAAGCAUUGUAUCAAUAUUGCUCCUACCAAAGAGCUUAUCAAAA